AUGAACAACCAGGCGGGGGCCCCAGCCCCCUCCCCAACCCGGCCCUCCACCCUGGUCGGGGCUUCGACCCGAACCCCAACCCCGACCCGAACCCCGAACCCAGUCCGGAUGUCGACCCCUGUCCAGAUCCCGACUCCGGUCGGAACCCAGGCCCCGAUCCGGGCCGUGAUCCCAGUCCGAACCUCCAUCCAGUCCCGGGCACCGAACCCAGUUCGGACCCAGGCUCCGGUCCGGUUCUCAGCUCCGACCUCAGCUUCAGCCCCAGCCCCAGCCCCAGCCCGGGUCCCGACCCCAGCUGCAGCCCCAGCCCCAGCCCAGGUCCCCACCCGGACUCCGGUCCCGACCCCAGCUGCAGCCCCAGCCCCRGUCCCGACCCGGACUCCGGCCCCGAACYCAGCUGCAGCCCCAGCCCCAGCCAAGAUCCCGUCCCGGGCUCCGGUCCCGAACUCAGCCAGGGUCCCGACCCGGACUCCGGUCCCGAACCCAGCCUCAACCCCAACUCCAUCCCCAGCACCAGCCUGGGUCUGGACCCCGACUCCAGUUCGGUUCCCAGCCCCAGCCCCAACCCCAGCUCCAGCCCCAGCACCGUCCUGGGUCCGGGCCCCGAUCCCCGCCUCGGUUCCGGCUAAAGAAUCGCCCUCGACCCCAGCCCUACAUUUGGAUCCGCCCGCAGAACCUGCUCUAGAGUCUCCGGCGGAGACUCCUGCGCCCACGCCGGGCCCAAAGCACUUCCCAUCCUUCAGCAGCCUCGCAGGGUCCGUCCCGGGACCCUUUCCCGCGCCCACUCCUCUGGCCUUUAACGUACAGAGAUCCACUGCGAAGGCAGACCUAGCAGCCACCCAGUCAACGGAUGCCCCCACUUCUGGACCCAUCCCGGGGACCAGCCGGCUGUCCAUCUCCAUUUCUACCAACGCAGUCGCCUCCACCAACGAGAACUUCCAAAUGGGGAACAAGAUCUUGAUUCGAGUGACCUACUGUGGCCUCUGAAGCUAUAGCUUUCGGUAUAUACUACUGAAGAAGAGUCUGGAGCAGCAAUUUCCAAAUCUCCUGCACUUUGAYGAGGAGGUAGCCCAGGCCACAGGGGAGUUUGAAGUGUUUGUGGAAGGGAAACUGGUCCAUUCCAAGAAGAAUGGUGAUGGCUUUGUGGAUGAUACCAGACUUCAGAAAAUUGUGAACGCUAUCGAUGAGGAGAUCAGGAAAAGGUAG